AUUUUGGGGGUGGUGACUCUGACAAAGUAUGUUUUUGUUGCUGUUGUAACUUGUGUGGUAGUAUCACAAGUGAAACUGAAGCGAAAUCAUCCCAAUUUGCAAAUGCCUAAAACCUGAAUUUGGAAGAAAGAAGAUAUAAAUAAAAUGGCGAGUGUGCCUUCACCUUCUUCUUCUCCUCCUCCUCCUCCUCCACGCUCCGGCAACACCUCCCCCAACAACCAGUUGGAAGCUGUUACAAAUAAUGGGGUUUCUCACGUCGAUGAUAAAAAACCUAACUUCACCGAUGGUCUUGAUCACUUGGAUAGUCCACAGUGCAUAGAGAGGUUCAGAAAAUAUGAUCAUGAUUAUGCUCAUCGUUUGCUGGCAAAAUAUUUCUCUAACAAAAACUUCAAUGGAGGCAACAUAUUUGAUUUGGAAAUAACAGUAAAUGAUGAAAUCAUAAAGUCAAGCAGCUUGACUUGUUACAGGUCAUAUGCAGAUCCUGUAGUAGGUUUUGAAGACCAAUCCAGCAAUGGAUCAACUCCACCAGCAGAUUCCCAAGCUAACAUCCCCAAUGGGAAACAUGCGGUGAAGAAGAACUGAAAUAAUGUGCCUUGAGAAGCAUCAUCAGUGCAUGACAUCUUAGAAAGCUUAACGCAAAUUCAGGAACUUGUGACUGAAAAGAUGGUCAUGGUCUCAACCAUCAAAUUCCUAGCGUAAAACAGAUGGUUUUUUGGGGUCAUAAUUACGUGUUAAGAGGCGCUAUUUAUACGAUUCAGUAUACUGAUUGCAAAGUGCAUCAUUGCCACCCACUAACUUAUUCUGCAUUUCACAUUCAUUCUAGUUGUUUAAGUACUAUAAAGAAAGUCCAUGAUAUAAUACUGUCUCUGUUUCUUUUUAAUUAUCAGAUUUUUUAUUUAUUUAUCUGUCA